ACUCUUGGUAGGAGAGAGUCUUGGUAGCAAAGACAAAGGCACCAUGGCAGCAGGGGCUCCGGGGCCACGUCCGCUGGUCCUGGGCCUGCUGCUGUGCGCCUUGAGCGCCACCGUGUCCCAGGGCGGGAAGCUGCUGUUGGUCCCCGUGGAUGGCAGCCACUGGCUGAGCAUGCUCGGGGUCGUCAAGCAGUUGCACCAGAGGGGACAUGAGGUAGUGGUGAUAGCUCCCGAGGCCUCUGUGUACAUCAAAGGAGCAGCAUUUUACACCCUGAAGAGGUACCCUGUGCCAUUCCGAAGGGAGGACGUGGAAGCCACUUUUAUCAGCCUCGGGCGCGGUGUUUUUGAGAAUGUGCCUUUGGUGCGGCGUGUGAUCAAAACGUACAAGAAGGUCAAGGAGGACUCGGCUCUGCUUUUGUCUGCUUGCUCCCAUUUACUGCAUAACAAGGAGCUGAUGGCCUCGCUGGCAGAGAGCAGCUUCGAUGCUGUGUUGACGGACCCCUUCCUUCCUUGCGGUCCCAUCGUGGCCCUGUACCUGGCCCUCCCCGCUGUGUUCUUCUUGCACACACUGCCAUGCAGCCUAGAUUUUCAAGGUACCCAGUGCCCCAACCCACCAUCCUAUGUGCCCGCUCUCUCCCUUAACUCAGAUCACAUGACCUUCCUGCAGCGGGUGAAGAACAUGCUCAUUUUCUUGUCCGAGAGCUUUCUGUGCAAUGUGGUUUAUUCCCCAUAUGAACCACUUGCCUCGGAAGUCCUUCAGAAAGAUGUGACAGUCCAGGAACUUAUGGGCUCUGCAUCCAUCUGGCUUCUCAAAGGUGACUUUGUCAAGGAUUACUCCAGGCCCAUCAUGCCCAGCAUGGUUUUUGUUGGUGGGAUCAACUGUGCCAGCAAAAACCCACUAUCCAAGGAAUUUGAAGCCUAUGUUAAUGCUUCUGGAGAACAUGGAAUUGUGGUUUUCUCUUUGGGCUCCAUGGUAUCAGAUAUUCCUGAGAAGAAAGCUAUGGAGAUUGCUGAUGCUUUGGGCAAAAUACCUCAGACGGUCCUGUGGCGUUAUACUGGCACUCCACCACCAAAUCUUUCAAAGAAUACAAUACUUGUCAAGUGGCUGCCCCAGAAUGAUCUGCUUGGUCACCCGAAGGCUCGCGCCUUUAUCACUCAUUCUGGCUCUCACGGCAUAUAUGAGGGAAUAUGCAACGGUGUUCCAAUGGUGAUGCUGCCCUUGUUUGGUGAUCAGAUGGACAAUGCGAAGCGCAUGGAGACUCGGGGGGCUGGAGUGACCUUGAAUGUCCUGGAAAUGACUUCUGAAGAUUUGGCAAAUGCCCUAAAAGCUGUCAUCACUGACAAAAGCUAUAAGGAGAACAUCAUGCACCUCUCCAGGCUGCACAAGGACCGCCCCAUCGAGCCCCUGGACCUGGCUGUGUUCUGGGUGGAGUUCGUCAUGAGGCACAAGGGGGCUCCCCACCUGCGACCCGCAGCCCACGACCUCACCUGGUACCAGUACCACUCUUUGGACGUGAUCGGCUUCCUCCUGGCCGUGGUGCUGGGGGUUGUCUUCAUCACUUACAAAUGUUGCGCCUUUGGCUGCCGGAAGUGCUUUGGGAAAAAAGGACGGGUUAAGAAAUCUCACAAAUCCAAGGCACACUGACAAGUGGGUGGGAAAUGACGUGGCCUGGGGUUGCAACCAGAGGCGAUGUUAAAUUCCUGUUCUGCUUAUUAGAGAAACACUUAGCUCUGAGUGAGAUGCCCCAGAGUGUUUUUUAAAAUAAAAACAAUCUAAUUGCUGAUCACGCCCUAACAGGUAGAGACACUGGAAUGUUUUCUGGCCCCUCUAGUAUGUUUAAUCUGGACUACACUUGUCAUCCUUCAAAGGACUUGCCAAGAGGGUUAGACGGGUCCGUCCUGCACUUUGCAUUACUUUUUUUACUUGGAAGUGAGGCCUGUUUGGGGGCACAGGUUUCAGAAGUGCUCCACCCCAAGCCCCCACCUGGAAGCAUGGUUCUAACAUCAUCAUCUGGCUUCUGUAGACUUGUGAUCAAUUCCCUCACCAGAGACGGCAGGUCCUAAGUAUGCUUCACAGAUGUCACUUUGUGAAUUUAAAGAAGGAGACGUUUAUUCCCUUAGGACAUAGUGCCUAGUCCAUGAAAUAAAUAAAUGCCAGAGGGUCUUUUGAGAACAGUGAUUUCUGAUUUACGGAAAAAGAAUGAUGUACAGAAUUGAUGAGUGAUGUGUUCAAGAGGAUAAUCGUGGCUUGUGCCAAAUGGAUCUCAAUUUGAGAAAAGCCCAGUGUCUCACAAGUGUAUUUUCUCUGAUGUUUUUCACAACUGAAAACAUUAAUAAAUUCAUACA